ACAGUAAUCAGACAUCUCAACGCGAUCCCCACAAAUAAGAACUGAGAACUAAACCCUAGAAAUAAUAACAGCGAAAAUUCAGAGUGAUUAUUAAAGUGAAUUUACAAUACAAAAAAAGCUGAUAGUUAACUUUUGGAGAAAAUCUAAUCAUAAUUCUGUGGAUCUUCCUCUCACAGCUCUCCAAAUAAUCCUAUUAUCAAAUCUUGUGUUGUGUGAGUGUUUCAGUGAUAUUUAAAGUAAUUUAACAAGAUUUACAAACCUGAAAUGAGCUUGACGCAACAAGCGGCUGGCGACGCAAUGCAAUCAUCGACUGAUGCGGGCAAAGAUGGCACACGCAAAUACCCAGCACACCAGCAGCAGCAUCAGCAGCAGCAGCAGCAAUCAGUGGAGACGGGAGCAGAGGGAGCAGCAGCUAAUCAAACCACAUCCUUCACCAUAAAUGGCAACAAUCCUCCGCAGCAAACGCCCAGUAAGAAUCCGUUCAAGCAGCAGCUGGAAAGCAGUCAGCAGAAUGGCAACACGGAGGCGGAUUGCGGCAUCAUGGGAUUGGGCAAGGAGGCGCAGCCACAACAUCCACCACAGCAAGCGUCACAGCAACCGCCAUAUUAUGGGGCAAGUGGACAAGCGCCUCCGGAUCUGUAUCGUCAGGAAGAUCCUCGGGCGGCGGGCACAUGGGCGGCUGCCAAAUCGUGGAUGGUCAGCUGGCGUGGCUCCAAUCGGCUUGUCCUGGUCAUUGUUGCCAUUGCUCUGCUCCUCGAUAACAUGCUGUUAACGACUGUCGUUCCCAUCAUACCCGAGUUCCUGUACGACAUACGACAUCCGGACGCUCCACUCGACAGCUUUCCCCGCACACCGCUCACCCUGAACACGCCUCCAACGCCCACACAGUCACCGUGUCCCUGCAAGGACAACGAAAAUGAGCCAGAGGCGCCGAUCGAGACCACAUUCAGUCCAGAAGAAAACUACACAUAUUAUAAGGAGUUGGAAGCACGGCACAAUGAGUUGGUCGGUGAAACAGUCGAAGUGGGUCUUCUCUUUGCCUCCAAGGCAAUUGUACAGCUUCUGGUUAACCCGAUUGUUGGUCCUCUUACGCAUCGCAUUGGCUAUAGCAUACCCAUGUUUGCUGGCUUCGUCAUUAUGUUCCUGUCCACGAUAAUCUUCGCUUUUGGACGCUCCUAUUUGGUGCUGUUCAUUGCGCGAGCUUUGCAAGGUAUUGGCUCUUCCUGCUCCUCCGUGUCGGGCAUGGGCAUGUUGGCGGAUCGCUUCACCGAUGACAAGGAGCGUGGCAACGCAAUGGGAAUUGCUCUGGGUGGCCUUGCGCUUGGUGUGCUCAUCGGACCACCGUUUGGUGGCGUGAUGUACGAGUUUGUGGGCAAGUCUGCGCCGUUCCUGAUCCUUGCUGCCUUAGCGCUGGGCGAUGGCUUGCUGCAGUUGUUCAUGCUGCAGCCAUCGAUCCAAAAGGCAGAAUCCGAGGAGCCCCCAUCGCUGAAGAGUCUCAUCAGUGAUCCGUACAUUCUGAUAGCAGCGGGGGCCAUCACGUUUGCCAACAUGGGCAUUGCCAUGUUGGAACCAUCGCUGCCAUUGUGGAUGGUGGACAAUAUGGGGGCAACACGUUGGGAGCAGGGCGUGGCAUUUUUGCCUGCCUCCAUUAGCUAUUUGAUUGGCACGAAUUUGUUUGGACCACUGGGACACAAAAUUGGACGCUGGUUUGCUGCCUGUCUGGGAUUGGUUAUCAUCGGUGCUUGUCUGAUCUUCAUUCCAAUGGCCACAUCGAUCACACAUCUGAUAAUACCGAAUGCUGGCUUGGGCUUUGCCAUUGGCAUGGUGGACUCCUCGAUGAUGCCAGAGCUGGGCUAUCUGGUGGACAUACGUCACUCGGCGGUCUAUGGCAGUGUCUAUGCCCUGGGCGACGUUGCCUUCUGUGUGGGCUUUGCUGUCGGACCGGCGCUCUCGGGAUCGCUGGUCAAGACUAUUGGAUUCGAGUGGAUGUUGUUUGGCAUCGCCAUUCUCUGCUUCCUGUAUGCCCCACUGCUUACGCUCCUGAAAAACCCACCGACCAGCGAUGAGAAGAAGUCUUUAAUCUAUGGGCGCGAUAAAUCACAGGUACGUUAUGUAACCUAUCAAAAUUACGAUGACGACGAAUAAAUCUCCGAAACAAUGAAAUUUCAAAGCAAUGUCAUUUAAAAAUGACCAAAAAUCCUAAAAAAAAAUGAAUGAAAUAUGAAAGGCAAAGGCAAAGAACACAAAAAACUACAACCAAAAAUAUCAGAAAUAUCAUAUGAACUCAAGAAAAUUGUUAUAAUUGUUUAAUAUUUAAUAAAAGAACAAAAUAUCCAAUCCAUAACUAUGCUUAUAACUUAGGCAUAUCACAUAAUUAUUGCCAAGCAAAAAAAAUAUUACCAUAUUCAUCCUUAACUUGAUCAAGAAGCAAAUCGAAUUAAAUAGAAACUCAAAAUAUUUCAGUCUUAAAAAAAAUAAGAAAAUUUGGUUAACUUUCUUUGAUUUCAUAUUGGAAUUUAUUCAAAUUUGUUUUAUUCCCUAAAUAUAUGUUAUCUGUAUAAUUAUAUAAUUUAAAAGAUGAAACAAAACUAGUCAAAUAUAUUAGCUUACAUAUUGCAAACUUAAAUGUUAAAGAAAUUUCGCAAAAAAAACUAAAGAGUAAAAUCAAAGUUAAUUUUAAAUAUGUGAAAUAAUUAUAAAGAAAACAAAACCAAACAACAAAAGGCUUUCGAGCUCGCUUAAGCUGUAGAAGCUUUGAGCAUUAUAAAUCUUACUCCCAGAAUGGAAGGUCAUUGCAAUAUAUAACUAAUCACGUCCGUAAUUGCAGAGGCUUAAUGUGAACUCCAAAACCGAUCGCACAAAAUGAUAUAAAUACUUUUAUAUUUACUCUAUAUAGA